CAGAUGCAGUGGAGAAAGCAACGGUUGUCAUUGUCUGCAUGUCUCAGAAAUAUAAAGACAGUUCUAUGUGCAGAACAGAAGCCACAUACAGUUUUAAAUUACAAAAAACGAUUAUUCCAUUGAUGGUGGAACCCAAUUACUCCCCAGAUGGUUGGCUGGGAGCACUACUUGGAACAACAUUGUAUUUCAAUUUCUGUGCCGAAGAUGACUUGGAAGUCGUAAUAUCCAAGAUUCUAGAAAAAGUACAAUUUAUAAUGCCUUCAAGUUUUCAAGUUACAAGUUUAAGUAAUCCUUCAACAACCAAGCCUGAAGACGCACCGCAAGCUUUAGUCACAUCAUGGUCCUCCGACAACGUUCAUGAGUGGUUGUGCCAAAACGAUCUUGAAGACAUGUCUAAUCAUUUUACUGUGUAUAAUGGUGAAAUGUUGAUACAGAUGAAAAAGUUAUCCCACCAAGCACCAGAGUUUUUUUACAAGUCACUGAAAACAGAUGUUGGGUUUCAGGACCUGUAUACAAUAUUAAAAUUUGCGAAAGCUUUGGACAAAUUAGUGAUUUAAUAUUACACAAGGCAC